AAAAAAAGUAGUAUACUAGUUUCAAAAGCUGUUGUUGUGCUAGAGAAAUUUCAUAAUGAUGUUGUGAAUAUUAAGCAUGUAGAAAAACUUAAAAACAGUGCUAGUAUAGAAAUAGCCAUUGAAACUAAUUAACAGAAAAUGACUCAUCCAGGCACACCAAAAAUGUCACUUGUUGCGCAGUACGACGAUUUGUGCAGAUAUGAAAAAGUUUUAACUGCUGGUUGUGAAGGAGAAUUCCGGACUUUUACCGAAAGCCAGUUAAAAUGUGUCCGUGACUGGAAAGAAUACAAAGAAGAACUUAAACAGAUGGAGUUUAAAAUAAGUCGCCUUGAAAAUGAAAACAGAAUUUUAGAAACGGGUCUUUUGGAAUCCGAAACGACAAGGAGAAUGAAGGCUGAAAGUGAAAAAAGUUCCAUGGAAAGGCAGAUUGUCCUUAUCAAGGAAGUUCUUUUGGCUGAUCAUCCGAUUGAUAAUGAAAUUAAAGAGAAGCUAGUCUUACUUAGUUCAACAUGCCAACCAGUGCUGAAAACUAUUGAAGAAUCUGUUGGUUCAAUUUUGAAUUUUUCUGAUUUUGACUGUACCGAUGAUGAUUUGGACAAUGCUAGGCAUUCUGCCAAAACAAGGCGCUCCAGAGGCAAACGAAGUAGUUCGGAAAACAAAAGUUCUUCUAAAAGAAGAAAAUCUGAGGAUAAAAAACAAUCUUUUCAUGAAGAGGUGGUAACGGACUAUGCUAAGUUUGUGGAUGAGGCCACACCAUAUCGUAGUAGUAGUGAACCGUCAGAAGUAUCUGUAUCCAUUUUGCCUGAAAGAAUAUUUGUUAGACAAGUUCACAGUUCAGAUUUGGCUGAAAUCAAAAGUAAUACCUACAAUACUAGAAACGAUGACCCUAGAAGCAUUUUUGGAAGCACGCCUCUUAAACGCACCAAUACUAGUAGUAAGCUGAGCCGAACUCAUCUGUUUUGCAAUAAAACUGUCAUCCGUACAGAAAAAUGUUAUGCCUGUAGUCGUCUGAUAAAAUUUUGCAAGCAAGCUUUAAAAUGCCAAGAUUGUAGAGUAACAUGUCAUCCAGAAUGUAAAGAUCAAUGUCCAAUGCCGUGUUUUCCUGUAGCAAGUACUCCAACUAAAGGGGAAAUGGGUACUAUUGCUGAUUAUACUUCAACUACUCCUCCUAUGCUCCCUUCCUUAAUUGUUCACUGUGUGAAUGAAAUUGAAACAAGAGGAUUGAAAGAAAGAGGAUUGUAUCGUCUAUGUGGCAGUGAACGAGAAGUGAAAGAUUUGAAAGAGAAAUUUUUAAGGGGAAGAAGUGUGCCAUGCCUUAACCAAGUUGACAUUCAUGUGAUAUGUAGCACUGUUAAAGAAUUUCUUCGAUCUCUCAAAGAACCUCUUAUACCUAGAUUAUCUUGGCAAACGUUUGUUAAUGCUGCUGAUAUUUCUAAUGUCACUCAAAGCUUGAAUGUGUUAUAUAAAGCUGUAUGUGAUCUGCCUCAGCCUAACAGAGAUACUUUAGCUUUUCUUGUAUUACAUUUACAGAGGGUAGCUGAAACCGCAGAAACUAAGAUGCCGGUUGAAAAUUUGGCAAGAAUAUUCGGGCCAACAAUUGUCGGUUACUCUUCAAACAAUAUAACUGAUUGUAAUGUAGUAAUCGAAACAAAAAAUCAGAGCAAAGUUAUGCAACGCCUGUUACUGAUUUCAAAAGAACACUGGUGCAAUUGGUUAAACUUUGAGCCAGACGUUUCUAACAUAAAUAAAAAAAAUUCUGAGUGCCUAUCUGCACCACCUACAUCACGACUAGGUUCCAUAUAUAGUACAGACACAAAACCAAAAUCUACGCUACAUUCAAGAAUGCCAUUAACUCCAAGAAAUACAAAGCCUGGACCUCAUAAAGGAAAAAGGUUCUUCACUUCUCCCUUGAUAAAAAAUUAAGAGAGUGUAUUAAAAUUUGUACAUAGAUUUGAACCAGAAAAAUUUUGUACAGACUUGAACCGGAAAUUUUGUAUAGUUUUAUUUCAUCAAUUAUUUAAGGUUUUAUAUGGUUUUAUUUGUUCAACUUUUUGCUCGUAUGUGUUAAAGAUUUUCUUGCAUUCCAAAUGCAUUUUACACAAAUUUUAUUCUGAAAUGUUUACACUUCUUAAUUUUAAAUGAAUGUUUUAAUGUACUUGUUUUUUAAAACAUUACAUUGUAAUCUGUGUUUAAUGCAAAA